UUUAGUCCUGAACGUCUGGAUCUUAAGUUCUCAGAUAAACAAGCUGACAACGUUAGCGGCAGCCGAAAUUCUGAUGUUUAACCUUUGAAUCAGAGAGAGAAGAACUCCCAUGAUGCACCGCUGCUACACCAGGAACACUGAAGGAUCCUGACGGGAGAAGAACUUUGUCAGAAAAUGUCAGACUGUGUGUUUAAAUAAAACCUGUGUGUCCCUCUAGUGUUGGAGAUGCGAUGUGCACCAUCUCCGCCGCCACGUGUUUCCCGGAGCCUUUCGUCAGCGAGGGCAAACGUCUCGGCUUCGUGCACAGAAACUUCGCGGGCAGCCGGUUCUCCGACCACGUGGCUCUGCUGUCCGUCUUCCAGGCCUGGGACGACGUCAGGAUUAACGGCGAGGACGCAGAAGGAACGUUUCUGUGAGCACAAACGUCUCAACAUGUCGACUCUCAGGAUGACCUGGGAGGCCAAAGUCCAGCUGAAGGACAUCCUGGUCAACGCUGGAUUCCCUGAAGAGUGCCUCAUGACGCAGAUGUUCAACACGGUGGGACCGGACAACAACCUGGACGUGGUGGUUUCUCUGCUGACCUUCGGCUCGUACCCCAACGUGUGCUACCACAAAGAGAAGAGGAAGAUCCUGACCACCGAGGGGCGCAACGCCCUCAUCCACAAGUCCUCUGUCAACUGCCCCUUCAGCAGCCACGACAUGACCUACCCCUCCCCCUUCUUCGUGUUCAGUGAGAAGAUCCGAACCCGAGCGAUCUCGGCCAAAGGGAUGACGCUGGUGAGUCCUCUGCAGCUGCUGCUGUUCGCCUGCCAGAGGAUCACCUCUGACGGAGACGUCGUGGUGCUGGACGACUGGAUUAAAUUGAGGAUUCCUCACGAGGCGGCGGGCGGGGUCGCUGCCCUGCGCGCAGGACUGGAGGCUCUGGUGGUGGAGGUGAGCAAAGACCCAGAAUACAUCAGACAGAUGGACCCGAGCAACCAGCAGCUGCUGAACAUCAUCAGACUCACAUCCAAACCCUCAGCAGCUGGACUCAACCUGAUGGUCAACAACCAGAGGAUGGGAGACGGACCACGACCUCCAAAGAUGGCACGCUUCGACGGAGGGGGAGGGUACCGGGGAGGAUAUGGGGGAGGAGGGUACAGGGGAGGAGGUGCGUUCAGGGACACCACCUGCUUGUAUUGA